AUGGAUCCCUCACAAGGUUCUGGCUCGGGUCCCCAGCGUCCCCGUCUUCCGGUCAAUCGCCAGGCUGCGUUUCAGGCCAACCCCCGGAUGCCCCCACAGCCUAACACCACUGAGGAGCGACGGGAUCGUAUUACUGCCAUGAGGAACCAGAUCGGCUAUCCUGAGAUCAGGGACGCCACGCUGCGAUUUCAUCUCACCCAACCCAGCGUCCAAUGGGACGUCAAUCGUGCUGUUAUGGAUUUUUGGACGACCCAAAACGCUGCCGAGGUGCCGCCCACAAGACCAAGGUCUGGGGUCAACACGGACAAUACUGUGCAGCGAGAACGCCGCCGAACGGUUCAUCGCAUGCAGCGUAGACUGCGGGAUGGACUGCCUGCGCGGCUUCAGGAAGAGAUGGAAGAUGAGCCGCAGCCAACUGUGCCUCAAGCCCCGGCACCACCAUUGUCCGAAGAGCGAGCCACAUCCAAUUCCGUGAUGAUGAUGAUGUUCAAUCGGCACCGAUUCAACCGGGCUGACGUCGCCGCCGACAUCGACCGACGCAAUGGUGACUACGAGGAUGUCGUCAGCGAACUUGCCCGUCUUCGGACCCGGGUCCGCGGUCAGAUGGCCCGGGAUGAACGCCUGGCUCUGUUCCUAUCCAUCACGGCCACGAACAGCGUGUUUGCAGCUGAGCAAUUUUUGAGCAGACAUCGCUGGGACAUCGUGACCGCCAUCGAUGAAUGGAUCCGCAUUGGCAGUGUCCCUCUGGUGUUCCCCAAGUACCGACGUCUUCGCAACUCGGGCCCCAACACCAACAGUGGGCUGCGGGCCGUCAACGCCAAUCAGCCUCGCCGCGUCAUUGACGGCGUCUUCCUGGAGUCAACGGACGAGCUCCACGCCUUCGACCGAUACAAUGCCACAGAGGAACAGCCUCGCGCCCACCCCGAUGACGAAGAGGUGGAUUCGGAUAUCGAGGACGCCCGUAAUUCGCCACUGUCAGAUGCAUCACGCACCAGCAACGUUGAUCUUCGUCCAACCCCCGGUCGGCACUACACCGAAGUGGGUCGUGGUCGCAAGCGACAACGCAUCCCCACGGGGUUCGCCAUCAACCCCGAUCGCACCCCUGCCAGGCUCCACUGCCCCGAUCCGACCAAGUUGUACAUCGAGACCAUCACAAAGGGCAAAUACAAAAUCCGGUACUUCGAGGGCAACUGCCGCAUCAAGGGUGCCGCGCCGGGUCAAAGGAGAGACUGGCCAUUCCGCUGGAGUGACGGGAACUACCCAACAACCCAAGAGGUCGAGUUCGACUGGCACGACAAGGAACAUCUCGCGAAGUUGAACAGGUGGCGGAACAAUGCCUACGCCGAGGUCACCGGCAAGAUCCUCAAGCCCGUCGGCGACAGAUUCAACAAGUACGAGGAAGACUGGCUCCGUGAGCAAGAGGCGAUGAGGUAUGAAGAGAAGUACGGGGAGCUCGCUCAACAAGGUGCCGCUGCCGCAGCCGACUACUUCCAGAAUGGCGACAACUUCCCGUUGAACAUGUCAGACCAGGAGGUUCAGGACCUGACUCGGCGGUUCAACGACGACUUUGCGGGCAAGUCCACCUACCACAAGGUCUAUUACCGUUGCGAUAGCGUGCCACCGAGACCAGAUGGUUCCUUUCCCCCAGGGGCUUUUUCAUACAGGAGGAAAUCGGUCGACAAGGACAUGAGCCGCGUUGGCGAGGUGCCUCGUCCCGCUCGCACUGCUGUUGUCAUCAAACAACAGCGCCACCGAAUCCUCAACCUCGCCAAGCACUUCAUGUACCGGUACGAGUGGAAGGAAAGCUAUAGCGUGGAUGAUGAAAACGACCUGGUCGAUGAUUCCGAUACGGAUUUUAAUGGCCAGGAUGAUGAUGAUGAUGACGACGAUGAUGGUGGCAACGGAGGUGAUGACGAUGGCAGCGAUGGCGGUGAUGGCACUGGUGCAGGUGGUGGUGCAGGUGCCAGUACAGGUGCCGGUGGAGGUGGUAGUGGUGGCGCUGGGGCUGCCGGCGAUGCAAGCAGUGGGAAUGCAGGCGGCGGUGAUGAUGUCGGUAAUGACGAUGGUGCCCCUCCUGCAGGCGCCGCUGGUAGCCCCGCCGCAGGUGGUGCGACUAAACGGCCCUCCCAAGACGACGCGGAUGAAGCUGCGGGUAUCUUACAGGACUUCAUUUCCAAAAGACCGAAGCGGUAG